AAAGAAAGAUGUCAGCCUCUAUGAAAAAUUUGACAUUCUCUGUUGCUCGAUAUCUUUUAAAGCAGAAUGGCAUUACAAAGCAUGGAAGAAUACACAGUAGUAUACAGUGUUUGAGGAAUAAAUCUGGGGAUGAUAGAUCACACUAUGUAGCCUUAUCUAAAGAUGAAUCUACAGUUAUUUGUUGGCAUCCAGAACCAGAAUUUCCAUAUGAAUUCUCAAAGCCAAUUCCAAGAAAAUCUGAAGAACUUGCAGAGGGUGAUUCUGCACUUAAAGUUCAAUAUCAUUUAGAAGACAAGCUACGUUUUAGAAAAGAUGGACCUACAGAUAAAGAACUAGCUAAUAUGUUCUUCACAACAAAACAUCCAUGGUUUCCUAGACCACAGAAGAAGUACAGGAAAUCCAAAUCUCCUAAAGACAGAGACCACAUAUAAUAUUUAGUCAAACUUUCUGCUGUUAAUCAUACUGUACAUGUGAAUAAAUAAAAUUGAUAUGCCGGA